AUGGAAUCUUCUGAUAAAUUUAUUUCUCUUAAUGAACAAGAAUAUAUUAUUGGUAAACAAAUAGAAGUAUGGUAUGGAGAUAUAUUGUCUAAAGUUGGGGAAGCCGAUAAGACCUUCAUUUAUGCCAAGAAUGAGCGAUCUGGUCAAAUGGGCACAGUCCACAACUCUCUUUUAUAUCCUGUGAUUGAUCGUAAUGAAAAUGAUGCUCUUCCUUAUUUCCAUCCAUACUUGCUUCCUAAAGCAUUGGACGCUUUGAAAUCGGGUGGCAAGGGAACGUUCCUGAUAAAAUCAUCAUCAACUGAAGAAACAGGGUAUUUCGUGUUGUUACUUAACAUUGGAAGUUGCCAAAUACAGCAAUUUUUAAUAAAAGCUGAGCCAUAUGGAUAUGUACUAUGCGGAAGACGUUUUCCAUCUAUCGGUCAUAUUAUCGAUAACUAUUGUAACCUAGGAUUAUACAGGGGGGUUAGUCUUUCACGUGGAGUUCUUUAUUCUGGUAGAUAUUUGCCACUCUCCCACAGUUCGAGUUGUUACUCUUUCAGUAGUUCAGAUAUGAAAACUAUCUCCCUUGAUUAUCAAAAUGUGGCAAGUGUAGAAAUUCUGUGGAAAUAUAUACGAUCUCAUAUAUGGAAAAAAGGCCGUUUGUUAGUGUGGAAAUUACAUAGCGACACGGAAACACUGUUCGAGAUAAAAGCCGUAAAAAACUUUGUCUUCAAGUCAUCGAAGUCUUGCAUAUAUCCAGUAGACGAUGCUAUAUUUGGUCGUUAUACUUCCGCAUUUGUAAAGAACUGCGACACUGGAAUAUUCUUGAAUUUCAAAACUAUUUUUGAUUUUGUUUACUGUAUCUGUACUUUUCGGUUUUCUAGUCCCUUAGCUCGAACUGCAUUACAUGUCUCGCUUCUUUCCUUAAAGGUUAAUAAGUUCAGAUCAAAUGAUUUGAAAACAAAUUUACUAUACUCUGCACAUUGCUGUGUUGAUAAUGUUCAGUUAUGGUCUUCGCAACCAAUUCCUCCAAUGAUCACUGGACGAAAAACUAAAGGAAAAGUCGUUUUCGACGAAUCUGUUUUAAUACCAUUUAUGCCUGAUUUUCAAACCAUCGAGUUAUCUGUGCUCUCGCAUUCUAAUUAUACGAAAGAAGGACAAGUUUUCCGUGCUUUCUCUUUGAAUGAAUCAUAUGAAGUUAUUGAAGACAGAAACGAAAUGCUCGAUUACCAUUUACAAAAACGAAAUGCUCGAUUACCAUUUACAAGUUCAUCGAGUGCCAGUGUUGGAAUCUUGUUGUUACGAAUCCUUCAACGAUUGGCUACUAAACUGUUCGUUGGAAUGUUUGUUUGA